AUGAAGAUCUCUGUAUUUUUACUUGCUGCGGCAUUGCAGCUGGUAGGCCAUGUCGUCGCACAAAAUGGGCAGACAGACCCUGCUGAUCUCGAGCGCUACUGGUCCUACGGUCGCUCAGAGCCAGUCCUCGAAACCCCCGUUGCAAAGGGUUUAGGUGACUGGGCCAACGCUUACCACAGAGCCCGGCACCUUGUCUCCCAAAUGACCGACGAAGAGAAAAACAACCUUACGUAUGGCCACACAUCAACUACCACCGGCUGCUCUGGCAUGACAGGCAGCAUUCCGCGACUGGGGUUUCCAGGUAUUUGCUUCCAAGAUGCCGGUAACGGGGUUCGCGCUGUUGACAUGGUCAAUUCGUAUCCGGCCGGCCUGCACGUCGGCGCAUCUUGGAACCGUGACAUCGCCCACUCCCGGGGAGUUCACAUGGGUGCUGAGUUCAGGAGAAAGGGUGCCAACGUGGCACUAGGUCCAGUGGUAGGACCAGCUGGGAGAAUCGCUAAAGGUGGCCGAAACUGGGAAGGCUUCGGUAGUGAUCCGUACUUGUCUGGGAUCUUGGCUGCAGAGUCUGUCCGUGGUCUCCAGAAAAAUGUUAUUGCCUGUGUCAAACACUUCAUUGCAAAUGAGCAAGAGACCAACCGCAACAGUCCCCAGUUGUUGACAGGAUCCCACAACCAGUCUGUUUCAUCGAACUUGGACGACAAGACGAUGCACGAACUUUACCUUUGGGGCUUUCAGGAUGUGGUCAAAGCAGGUGCUGGGUCCGUUAUGUGCAGUUACAACCGCAUCAACAACAGUUAUGGCUGCCAGAAUAGCAAGACCAUGAAUGGUCUUCUCAAGGGAGAACUGGGGUUCGAGGGCUUUGUAGUGUCGGACUGGACUGGCCAGCACACCGGAAUUGCCAGUGCAAAUGCAGGUAUGGAUAUCGCCAUGCCGGACUCGAAGUACUGGGAUAACAGCACCUUGGUCUCUGCUACUCAAAACGGCUCAGUGCCGCAGUUCCGACUGGAUGACAUGGCAACUCGUAUUGUUGCCUCUUGGUACAGAUACGCCGAGCUGCCUAAUCCUGGUCACGGAAUUCCAGUCAGUCUACUUGAGCCCCAUCACCUCGUCGAUGCUCGUGAUCCAAAAUCAAAGAAAAUAAUUCUUCAAGCCGCCGUCGAAGGCCAUGUUCUGGUCAAGAACACCGCUGGCGCACUGCCGCUCCACAAACCCAAAUUCCUCUCCAUCUUCGGAUAUGAUGCUUUGCCCCCUUCUGUGAACACUUUGGACGCAUUGGGUGCAUGGGCAGUUGGACUAAGCAACGCCUUGGCAUAUCCCAACGGUAGCGCGGUUAACAAUGGCACAGAGGAGGCUAUGUUCCUGUCAAGCGCGGACCCAACUUUCCGUGGCCCAGGAGUCGCCCUGAAUGGCACGCUCUUCUCUGGCGGUGGCUCAGGCGCCAGCACGCCCUCCUACAUAGAUACUCCGCUGAACGCCUUCCAGCGCCAGGCAUACGACGAUAACACUUUCCUAGCGUGGGACUUGGCCUCGCUUAAUCCGUUUGUGAACCCUUCCAGCGAAGCGUGUCUCGUUUUUGUCAAUGAAGCCUCAUCGGAAGGAUGGGACCGACCUUAUCUGGCGGACCCAUCCUCCGAUGAUCUCAUCAAGAAUGUAGCCGCGAAGUGCUCAAACACAAUUGUUGUCAUCCAUAACGCUGGUAUGCGUCUUGUGGAUGUGUGGAUUGAGAACCCCAAUGUGACUGCCGUGAUAUAUGCUCAUGUGCCUGGCCAAGAUAGUGGUCGAGCCUUGCUUGAAAUUAUGUAUGGGAAGCAAUCACCAUCCGGUCGGUUGCCGUACACUGUUGGCCGCAAAGAGGCAGACUACGGCGAGCUACUCGAACCCGUUAUUCCAUCCGGUACGGAAGACAUGUUCUAUCCGCAGUCAAACUUUACCGAGGGUGUCUACACUGAUUAUAAGGCCUUCAUGGCGAAGGAAAUCACACCGCGAUUCGAGUUCGGCUACGGCUUGACUUAUUCCAAUUUCUCGUAUUCUGACCUUGAGAUUGUUAUCAAUUUCCACGCUGAACUGGAUUAUCUACCCUCAAAUAAAGCGGUCGCUGAGGGGGGUCUUCAGGCGCUUUGGGACAUCAUCGCUAGCGUCAACUGCACUAUCAAGAAUUCUGGAAACAUACCUGCUGCGGAGGUUGCUCAACUUUACAUUGGUAUCCCCGGUGGUCCUAUUAAGGUCCUGCGCGGGUUUGAGAAAAAAAUGAUUCAACCUGGGCAGCAAGAACAUGUUCAAUUCCAUUUGACGCGCCGCGAUCUCAGUCAAUGGGAUGUGGAAAAGCAGGCCUGGGGGCUUCAAUCGGGCCUGUACGCUAUUUAUGUGGGAAAGAGCGUGUUUGAUAUUCAACUGGAUGGUACUCUCCAUAUUUCUUGA